UUUAUUGUUAGUCUUAUUUAAGAAGAUUUUAGUUCUUCUCUACACUCAUCUUGAGUAUUGUGAGAAUCCAAUAAGUAGGUCAAGCAUCAAGGACGAAGAGAGAAAAGGAAUAUUGAUAGGCUAGGCCACUCCAAGCCUAAUCUUAAGAUAAAUCGAGGAUAUUCUCAGAAGCAGCCCAGAUUUGUCGAAUAUGGCCCGAACAAAGCGUACUGUAAGGAGGUUUGUGGCUAGGGAUGAAGGGGGAGGUGUGAUCAGGUUCACUGAGGAAGAGUUGAACAAUAUCAGUGAGCUUGAGAGAGGGCCAAACUAUAUUGAGGUCACAUGUGGGUGCACAAACAAGAAGUAUGGUGAUUAUAUCGGCAAGCUUAGGAUUAGUUGCUUUGGCCAUUUUAAGAUCACCUGCACCUGCAGUGAGAAAUGCAAGCAAGUGAAUUUGACUCCCUAUGCUUUCGAGAAACACAGCGGAAGGGAAGGGGCUAGGAAUUGGAAGAAACACAUUUGGGUUAUCAUUAAUGAUAAGAAGGUUGCUAUCUCAAAGACUGUUCUGAUAUCAUACUACAAACAUUCAACAAAUAUGGUCCUUAGCCGCCCCAAACAAUUUCAUCGCGAUGAGUUCAUUAGUUGUUCAGAUUGUAAGAAGCUGCGCAGGUUUCUACUCCGUGAUCAAGUGGGUUGCCGAACAUAUCAUGAUGCGUUGGCUAACAAAAACUGGAAAUGUACUGACUGGCCUUAUGAUAAAAUAUCCUGUGAUGAUGAAGAAGAGCGUGAGUGUCGCAAAAUCUGCAAGGGCUGUCCUCGUUCUUCAACAUGCAGGGGCUGCACUUCUUGUGUGUGUUUUGGGUGCACCAGGUGCCGCUUUUGGGACUGUGACUGCCGCACUUGUGUUGACUUCAUGGAGCAUGGAGAACCUUAGGCCUAGUCCCCAGAAUCAUAUCCUUUCCUGCCUUUACUUAUUUGAUCAAGAAUAAAGAAAGUUUGAGACCUCAAAACUUUCUGUUUGAAUGGCUGUUGUAAGACUGCCAACUUUUCGUUUGCUUUUCUUUUCUUUCUUAGCAGCUACCUAGAAUAAGGUCUGCCCUUCAUGGUGGAUGUGUUAUCAUUUUAUCCUUCUGGACC